UCCUCCUCUGACCCAAGCCUGAAUAUUUCACCCUGUGGCAGACAGACGGGAACAGAGAGGGUAUCAGUAUUCUGUGUGGUGCAAACCAGAUGAGUAAAGAAGACAAUCAAAUCAAAAGAUUCAUUUCUGUAUGUUUACACUGAGUAUCUUUUCCUACAAGCAGGAGGAACAGAUCCAGGAACUCAUGUGUCCCAGCUGCCCUUACCUCAUCCAAGAGGGACAUGUUUUUGUUUGUUUGUUUAACUGUUAAUCGGCAAGAUUACUCAAAAACUAAAAGGACAGAUAAUCAUGAAACCUGGUGGAAGGAUGGGGUAAGGGUCAGUGGAGAAACCCUUUCAGUUUUGGUUAUGAUCUGGAACAGGGGGCAGGUCCAAGAUUUAUUUUUCACUUUCUUUAACAUUGUGUGAAAAGGGGAGUUUUUCCCAAGUUUGCAUCUAAUUUCUCAACGAAGAAUAAAUGGAUUUGGAGACUGAUAUUUAUGAAUGUGUGAAAUUUGGUGCAGAUCCAAAUAAAAAAAUGGAUCUAGAGAAUUUUUAUGUUUUCAUGAGGUGACUAUUUAUUGCGAUUGGAAAUUUGUUGAGACCCUGAAGAUUCUUGUGUUUUCUUGCUUUUAUAAAAUGUUACUUUAUGUAAUUUAUAUUAUUUCCUGUCCAUGUUUUGUGUUGAGCUUGUGUGUAUACUGCUGUUUGUAUCACAAAUGACCUCACAGGGACUCACAGGAGUUUUAAAGAUAUCCUCUAUCCUUGAUUACAGAGGUGAAAUUAUAUACAAGAAUCGUAAAAUCAACUUAUACAUUCUGAAUUACUUGAAAACAAGUAGCAUUUCUCGGAUUAGAUAUGGAACAGGCUGCAAAACACUGAGUGAACUGAGCAUUCACUGCACUGUUUCACACCAUAAGUUGGCCCUAUGUGACACCUAGUGGUAUUCAGAUGCAACACAACAUUGGCUCCAGCGUCUCUAAUGCCCUAUUAUGUAACAUGCAUUUGUCAUAUCAUCAUGUGACAGACAGAGGUUGGCUUGCUCAUGCAAAAUACACUUAAGUCAAAAGUUGUUGGUUUUUACGUGUUGGUUGUGAAUAGUACCUUUUCUGAAGUUUCAGGUGUUGUUUGUUUUAUUAAGUGCGUAACUUAACGCGUUCUUUUCCUCUUGAGUUUCACCUCCUCCAUCUGUGUAUGUCUUGCGUUAACCAGGCGGAAAGGGUUGACUCCUCCAUGGACAACCUGGGGAUGGAUGUGACCGGGGAAUCGAGAGCCGCCCUGGUCAUUCUGGCCUUCCUCCAGGCGGACUGUCAAGGCGCAGAGCUCCAGAAAGAGCUGCACUCUCUGAGCAACGAGUUCCAUCUCACCCGGUACAUCAACUGCAACGGCCCACGGAUCGACACCGCCGAGGUCGGGUCCCUGGAGGCCGAACUUUCCUUGUUGAACACUUCUUUCCAGGAGACGUACUCUGACGACUACGAAAGUCUCCCAGAAGAUCUGCACGAUAUCCAGCCUGUGGCGGAGCUGCAGGGGCAAUGGAACCAAGACGCUGCAGCCAACAUUCAGCAGGUGGCGGAGGAGAUCAGAGAAAUCGCAGCCCAGCUCCAGGAAAGUGUCAUGGCCCAGGCCACCAACAACCUGAUGAGGAACAGAUCAGACUCCCAAUCUGAGUGGAAAACCCACCUGAAAUUGGAGGUAGAGCGGAUAUUGAGGAACGGGACUGGUCUGGAGCAUCUACCUCACGAGCGAUUGGUCAUGGCCCUCACGCUCACCCUGGUUAAAGGAGUGUGUGAACAGGCCCCACAGCUUCUGAGGAGCCUCUUCAACGCGGCACUGCAGUUCAUCAGGUGACUUCAGAGCGGACGCCUGACAGGAAGUAACACGUACAUGUGGUGGAGCGACACCAGAAAUCUGCUCCUCAUUAUCAGGACAGUGAGAACGGAGCCGUGCAACCGGAAGUGUAGUCAACCCUUUUCAAACUUAUCAUUUGAUUUUUACCGUAAGUGUAAGGAUGAGUUUGUAAAACUUUUUUUUGCUGCUUUCUUUGCUCUGCAUCUUUCUGCAUCCGUUGACUCUUUACUUAACACUUAAAAGUGAAACUUUGUUUAUAUUUGAAAUAAGUUAUUCUUUUUGUAUUGUCAUUCUGCUUUUGUAUCUUGAAUUAAUAUCCAGUAUUACUGAGAUUUGAUUUCCU